CGCAUCUGAUGACGCGGCGCGCAGGCGGUCAGCUGCCCGGCGGGACUCAGCCUGAGCCUGAGUUGCUCAACGCGGACGGACACACCGCCAAAAAACGAAAGCAUCUCACUCAGAAGUGAGAGCCCACCAUGGGAUGUGAAGACUGAGGAACAGCCACCAUGAUUGGAGGACUGUUCAUCUACAAUCACAAGGGGGAGGUCCUGAUCUCCCGAGUCUACCGGGAUGACAUAGGACGGAAUGCAGUGGACGCGUUCCGGGUGAAUGUGAUCCACGCCCGCCAGCAGGUACGCUCGCCCGUAACCAACAUCGCCCGCACCAGCUUCUUCCACGUCAAGCGCUCCAACAUCUGGCUGGCUGCUGUUACCAAGCAGAAUGUCAACGCCGCCAUGGUCUUCGAGUUCCUCUACAAAAUGUGUGACGUGAUGACGGCCUACUUCGGCAAGAUCAGCGAGGAGAACAUCAAGAACAACUUUGUGCUGAUCUACGAGCUGCUGGACGAGAUUCUGGAUUUUGGAUACCCUCAGAACUCUGAGACUGGAGCGCUGAAGACGUUUAUCACACAGCAGGGCAUCAAAGGUCAGCAUCAGACUAAAGAGGAGCAGUCCCAGAUCACCAGCCAGGUGACCGGUCAAAUCGGCUGGCGUCGCGAGGGAAUCAAAUACCGCCGCAACGAGCUGUUCCUGGAUGUGCUGGAGAGUGUGAACCUGCUCAUGUCUCCACAGGGUCAGGUCCUGAGUGCACACGUGUCUGGCCGCGUGGUCAUGAAGAGCUACCUGAGCGGGAUGCCUGAGUGCAAAUUCGGCAUGAACGACAAAAUCGUCAUCGAUAAGCAGGGCAAGGGCGGAGCUGGCGACGACACCGGGAAGAGUGGGAAGCAGUCCAUAGCCAUCGAUGACUGCACCUUCAAUCAGUGCGUCCGUCUCAGCAAGUUCGACUCGGAGCGCAGCAUCAGUUUCAUUCCUCCUGACGGAGAGUUCGAGCUCAUGAGGUAUCGAACCACUAAGGACAUCAUCUUGCCCUUCCGGGUCAUCCCGCUGGUCCGCGAGGUCGGCCGCACCAAGCUGGAGGUGAAAGUGGUCAUCAAGUCCAACUUCAAGCCCUCACUGCUGGCACAGAAGAUUGAGGUGCGCAUCCCGACCCCUCUGAACACGAGUGGAGUGCAGGUGAUCUGCAUGAAGGGGAAAGCGAAGUACAAGGCCAGCGAGAACGCCAUUGUGUGGAAGAUCAAGCGCAUGGCUGGAAUGAAGGAGUCUCAGAUCAGCGCUGAGAUUGAGCUGCUGCCCACCAACGACAAGAAGAAGUGGGCCCGUCCUCCAAUUUCAAUGAACUUUGAGGUCCCGUUUGCGCCGUCCGGUCUGAAGGUGCGCUACCUGAAGGUGUUCGAGUCCAAGCUGAACUACAGUGAUCACGAUGUCAUUAAAUGGGUCCGCUACAUCGGCCGCAGCGGCAUCUACGAGACGCGCUGCUGAUCGGCUCGCUGGCCAGAGGGGCCGGUCGUCUUCUGGCCCUUGUGUCUCGCCUUUCCUCUCGAGAUAUGUGGAUCAGUUAUACACAUAAAAUUAAAAAAACACACACAGAAAGACAAAAUAAUGAAUUAUGCAAAAUGUGAAACGUAUCCUGCCUGGCGGUAUGAGUGUAUUAACGAAGAGGCCCAGCAUUCAGAGCAGGGAGCCACAGUUUGGUGAGAAAACAACCACUUUACCCAAAAUGUAGUCCAUCAACCCAAGACAAGUAGACUGCUUCUGCAUUGGAGCCACAAAGCUAACGUUGCUAACAAGUAAUGGAAGCUUAUAGCCCACCAGUUGGUGUCAUAGUGGUUAUAAGCUUUCAUUACUUGUGCAAAACCUGUCUUGGCUGAUCAACUAUAUCCGGAGUGAUGUGGAAAACAUCUCAAUUUGUUUUUUCAUCAGACUAUUCCUUUAAGACCAGAGUGACCAGAGCGAGUGGUCUCUUAUGCACUCUUUCAGUGUGUGGUGGACUUUUGGAGGUCAAGCUCGGGUCUUGUGGGGCCACAGCAAUCUAGACUUGAGUCCGAGUGGUAUUUCACAAAGCAAAGACCAGCUGUGAUUUCCGUUGGCCAGAUAACUUAAGCCCAAACUCAUACCUGUCUGAUAGGAGAAGAGGUAAGGGACAGUCAUACUGGACAAUCCUAACUUUAGACCUAAGUUAUCAAGCUAGACUGAGAAAUGCUCUUUUGUGAACCAUCUGGGUUUGUUAUAUGGGGCGCUGUGGCCUCCAGGACUAAAAUCUGACAGCCUUUAGAGGUUGUUCGGCCCGUCCAUAGAGGUCAGCUGGCUUUUAAUCUGUGCUCAUUCUUCACUGGUCACUCUCUCUGUGUCUGAUCUCCCGCUCUGUAACAUGGUGACUGUUCAGUAAAAAUGUAUAAUGGAAAA